GUAUUUUUGGCUGUGAUUCUCAUUGUUUUCAUCUGUGCUGUGUUAGUUGAAAACGUGACAACAUCUCCGGCCUAUUAAUGGUCGCUUAGUUGAAAAAAUACCAAUUAUUUUGGUGUGCGGUACUUUUUAUUUCGAAAAUGAGUACCCUACGGCUGCAGAAGAGGCUCGCAGCCUCGGUAAUGCGAUGCGGUAAGAAAAAAGUAUGGUUGGAUCCUAAUGAAAUUAAUGAAAUCGCCAAUACUAACUCAAGGCAAAACAUCCGUAAACUUAUCAAGGAUGGUUUAAUUAUUAAGAAACCCGUAGCUGUCCAUUCUAGAGCUCGCGCUCGUAAGAAUACCGAAGCUCGUCGUAAAGGUAGACAUUGCGGUUUUGGUAAAAGAAAAGGUACUGCGAAUGCUAGGAUGCCUCAAAAAAAACUCUGGGUAAAUAGAAUGCGUGUUUUAAGAAGGUUGCUAAAGAAAUAUCGCGAAGACAAAAAGAUUGACAACCAUUUAUACCACCAGUUAUACAUGAAGGCAAAAGGUAACGUAUUCAAAAAUAAACGUGUCUUGAUGGAAUUUAUUCACAAGAAGAAGGCCGAGAAAGCGAGAGCGAAGAUGUUGAAGGACCAAGCGGACGCGCGCAGAAUGAAAGUCAAAGAGGCAAGAAGACGACGAGAAGCACGUAUCUUACAAAAAAAGAAAGAAUUACUUCAGUCGUACCGCGACGAAGACAAAGCGGCCAAAAAAUAAACGCUGAUAAAGUAAUUUUAAUCUUUGUAUAUUUAAUAAAAAUUUUCUUGAUAGAA